AUUACUUCAUUAAUUUUGUCCUGUAUUAUUACGUAAAAGAAAACAUCUGUUACACAAUGCGUCAGCUUACACGUAUAAAUAUAAAGUGGUCAAGUCCACCCAUUUCCAUUUUUCUCAAAGAAAGUAGACAGUUCGCAAUAGUGAACCACCAUGUAAGUUUUUCAUUAAUUCCUUUUAGUUCUAAUUAGGAGUACGUUUUUCUACAUAAAAAAAUACAUGAGAUUUUCCUUAAAGUGCAGCUUUUUGGAAAACAUAAUAUUGUUCAACAUGGAAUUGUACAUGUUGAAAUAAUUCUGAAAUUGAAGAUUUUGAAUAUAAUUGCAUUGAAUGUAAUUUAUUUUUUAUGAAACGCUAAAAAAUUGUCUUGAAAUGGCGAAAGCAAUUACCAGUAUUCAAAAUUUUGUGAUUUAAAAAUAACAUUCAAAUAUGUCAUUUUUGGCAGGUUCGGAAACAUGAGGAGAGGUCUACCUGUUUCGGUUAUACUUCUAGUUGUUUAUCUCUUGGUGCAAAAUGCUGAAUGCGAGAACAACAGAACUCAGGAGCAUGUUCUUGUGGACGGGAUAGAUGUGGAGAAAUUGAGCGAUGCAGAGGUUUAUGAUCUUCUCAAUGCUGAAGAUGUAAAGUUUACGGGAGAGUUGGAUAUAUGGAUUGGUAAGCAGACUUUGAAAGACAGACACAGAGUUAAGAGAGUUGCUCCGAUUGUUGCAAGAGUUGCAUGGGCCGCCGGAAGAGCACUGUUUAGAUCCCUUGCAAAAAGCACACCACGCAUCACGAGAAGUGGUGGCAAGCUUACCAAACAGUUCUUCAAGAAAGGGGGAUUCGAGACAGCAAAAAGGGAUUUCCAUAGAUUCAAGCCAGCAAACGUUAAACAAUUUACAGGGAAAAAUGGCCAACAAGGAUAUACAGGGAAAAUAUUGGACGGAAAGUACCAAAUAACAGCAAGGAAAACGAGCACUCACGGCAAAGUCACCAACAACGGAAACGUGGUUCAAAAUGGACGCCCUACUCUAGAAAUUCGAUCAAACACUGGUGGAAAAGUGGUCAGAAAAGUUCGGUAUGACCAAUAAUGACGUGUCUAUGCACACAGAGGCAAUCCACCAUCUGAAAAUUUAAUAUCGUUUGGAUGAAGAUCUUGGAUCCGGAAUAAAUAAAAUUGUUUUGCGUGUAAUAUUGCAUUGUAUUUAACUCAUUUGAUAAAUAAAUGAAUAUAGAUUGAAUCAAACUUGUUGGUUUUAUGGUGUUUAGAAAAAAAUAUCCAGUUAGAAUAUAAUUCCUGCAUUCACAUUAAUAUCGAGUAGUCACUAUGUAAUAGAAAUAUCUCAACUUGUCUGUUGCA